AUGUGCCUGAUUGGCGGGUAAUGUGGAAUUCGGAUUUAUACGUUUGUAGGCUUAAAAAUGUUACUUUUAAAGUGCGUCAGUGCCCCCCCGGCUGCCCAUGUCAAUAAUUUUCCUCCUUUUAUAUUUCACGAGAAAAUAUUUUCACAAGCAACUUCUCUGCGGUCGUAGUAUAAGAAGUGUGCGAAAGCUUACUCCCAGCAAUCUGUUUCCUGCCGAGAUAACAGAACUAGUGCCUUUGUCAAAGCAAACAUGUAUUUACGGCAUCAGCACAAGGAACUUGGUAAUGGGCAAUCCACGGACAUUGCAGAUUUGGGUAUAAUAGAUCCUUAUGACUUGGAUGACUCGGAUGAAGAAAUAAUUGAGUUUUUUGUAGCAAUGGAAAUGAUGAGAUAUUAUGAGACGUGUUCUAGAAAACAGCCUUAUUACACCUCCAAAAUAAGUGGCCAUGCAUAUGUUAUGGAAAUCUUAAAUGACUUAGAACACCCAGAAAGGUGUUGUAAAGAAUUUAGGAUGGAGCCACAUGUGUUCAGAAAUUUUGCUAACCUUCUUAGGGAACUUGGCUUAAUGAAGAACACUACUUAUAUCACUGUUGAGGAAUCUCUUGCCAUUUUCCUCUUAACUGUUGGACACAAUGAACAAAAUCGGUUAAUAGCUGAACGGUUUCAACAUUCUAAAAGCACCAUAAGUGUUCAUCUUAGAAGAACAUGCAAAGCGAUAUGCAGAUUAGGGAAAGAACUCAUACAGCCUCCUUCUUUUGAUCAACCACAUCCAUAUAUCAAGCGUACAGAGAAAUAUUAUCCAUGGUUCAAGGAUUGCAUAGGUGCAAUAGAUGGCACACAUGUUAGUGCAUGGGUGCCUCAACAACAACAAAUUCCAUAUAAGGGGAGAAAGAGCAAAUGUACGACAAACGUGAUGGCUGCAUGCUCAUUCGACAUGCACUUUACAUUUGUAUAUGUAGGUUGGGAGGGGUCUGCACAUGAUUCUAGGGUUCUCUCAGAAGCUAUAUCUCGCCCUGAUUUACAGUUUCCGCAUCCUCCAACAGGGAAGUACUACCUUGUAGAUUCUGGUUAUAGUAAUAUGAUUGGAUAUCUUACACCUUAUUCUGGGGAACGUUAUCACUUAAAUGAGUAUUGUGGCCCACAUAGGAGGUUUAACUCUAAAAAAGAGUUGUUUAACUUCACUCACUCAUGCUUGAGGAAUGUUAUUGAGAGGUGUUUUGGUGUUUUAAAGAGUAAGUUUCUUAUCUUAGGAAACAUGCCAUCCUUUGACUUGAAAAUGCAGCGUUACAUUGUGAUGGCAUGUUUCAUCACAUACAAUUUCAUUAAGAAGGAAGCACAUCAUGACGUUGAAUUUGAGAGGUGGGCAAGAGAAGAACUGGUGUAUGAAGAAGAAGAUGAAGAUGAGGAAGAUUCUGAAAGUGAGGAGGAAGAAGACGAUGAAGUAGCUGAUUUGGAGAUGACCAAUCUUAGGGACAGGAUUGCAGAUGAUAUGUGGGCAUGCUAUCAGACAUACCAGGAGCGCAGCCACUCAAUGUCAAGUGUCAAGGUUUGUGGUGAACCAAGUUCACCAAAAGAUUCACUGCCUGAUUGCCCUCUCAAUGAAUGUGGUUAAUGAUACAAGUCAAAAGCAUUUCUGAUACCAGAUUGUCUUGAAUUUGGCUAAAGAUGCAAGUAUCAAAAUGCUUACUAUUUCUCUUUUGAAUUUUUGUCCCAUAUGUUUAACAAGCGGGUUUGUGAAUUUAAUGGGAUUUUACAUGUCCUCUCUCUACUGUUAAACUUGAAACAUAAUCAUGUGUAUCAUUGUUUGAGGUCUUUGUAUAUAAGUUGCUAAUGAUAUGCUAUCAUUACUGCUUUUAAUGAAUCAUUUCAAAAUGUUGGUAGGCUACAAGCAUGGAUGGUA